AUGGCGGCGAAUGCGUUUGAGGAUAUCGUCAAGCGGUUGAGCAUAGCGGACACAGAGUCGAAGCAGAAACUCGAUGCAGCAUCUAGCUUACGCGACACCCUCGAUCACUACACCAAUGGCCCGGCUUAUCCAACCUUUCUCAAGAAGACCAUGCCCUCGUUUGUGAAUAUCCUACGGGGGCCUUGCGUCUUUCAGACCACGUCGGUGGAGCAGAAACUGCGAAACUGCGUACUCGAGAUCUUGCAUCGCUUACCAACCCACCAGAGCUCGCCCGAGCCCUUCGAGUCGUAUGCCGAGGAGGUUGUUGACCUUCUCAUGGGCCUGGUCAAGAAUGACAAUGAGGAAAAUGCGACGUUAUGCGUCAAGAUCAUCUCCGACAUAAUGCGACACCAACAUAAGGUACUGCAAGGAAAAGUGCAGCCCUUCCUUACCCUCAUCCAGGAGCUUUUUGAGCAGACCGAAAAAAAUGUCCGGGAGCAACUUGAUAGCAAUGCUGGUGCGCCCAACGCCACUGGAGCACCUUCAACCCCGGGAAGCACGCAGACAAAAUUCGAGUCGCCACGACCAGGCUCGCCAGUCGCAUCGGUGACCGAUCUAGGACAGGACUUGCAGCAGCAGAAUCGGCCACUGCUCAAGGGCAUCCAAUCUUUCAAAGUCCUCUCGGAAUGCCCCAUAAUUGUGGUUUCUGUUUUCCAAACAUAUCGAAGCAUUAUCCCCCAAAACGUCAAGUCGUUUGUCCCUCUGAUCAAAUCUGUUCUGUUGCUGCAGGCGCAAGCCCAGGAACAAGCACAUGCUGAAGCCAAGGCCAAGGGACAGACAUUUGCUGGAGUGAGCCGCAACAUCAAGAACCGAGCGGCCUUUGGAGAGUUCAUCACGGCGCAGGUCAAGACAAUGAGUUUUCUGGCUUAUCUACUUAGGCAAUACUCGAGCCAACUCACGGAUUUUCUUCCGACGCUACCAGAUAUCGUGGUUCGCCUGCUUCAGGACUGUCCUAGAGAAAAGUCGGCCGCUCGCAAAGAGCUUCUGGUUGCCAUUCGCCACAUUAUCAACUUCAAUUUCAGAAAAAUCUUCCUUCCCAAGAUCGAUGCGUUGUUGGAGGAGAAGACGCUUAUUGGCGAUGGCUUGACUGUUUAUGACACCAUGAGGCCCUUGGCGUACAGCAUGUUGGCAGACCUCAUUCAUCAUGUUCGAGAAGCUCUCUCACCUGAGCAGAUCCGAAAGACCGUCGAAGUGUACACCAGAAACUUGCAGGACAAUUUUCCUGGUACUAGCUUCCAAACAAUGAGCGCUAAGCUCCUACUUAAUAUGGCGGAAUGUAUUGCUAGGAUGCAGAACAAGGUCGAUGCUCGGCAUUAUCUGUUAACCAUUCUUAACGCCAUUGGGGACAAGUUUGCAGCCAUGAACAGGCAAUAUCCCAACGCCGUCAAACUUUCGAAGCUUUACGCUCAGCAGGCUGCCGAUCAGGUCUCCGACACGUAUCUUGCCGACAAGGAACCCCAACCAGAUUGGGAUGAGACGGAUAUCUUUACUGCCAUGCCGAUCAAGACCUCGAACCCGCGCGACAGGGGUGCCGACCCGGUCGUGGACAACAAGUUCCUCUUCAAGAACUUGAUGAACGGCCUGAAGAAUACUUUCUACCAGCUCAAGGCAUGCAAUGCUGCCAUUGCGAUCGACCCCAACAAUGCCCCGCCCCAUUGGCAGGAAGUGUCUUAUGGCUUUUCUGCCGAGGAAGUCAAGGUCAUUGUCAAACUAUUCCGCGAAGGAGCAUAUGUGUUCCGCUACUACGAAAUCGAGAAGCCUGCAUCCGAGUCCACUUAUGCAUCAACUGUCGAAUACAUGGCCAAUUUCUACAUGGUUUCAAGUAGCAAAGAGGAGAAGGAUUUGCUCGAGACGUUUGCUACCGUCUUCCAUUGUAUCGACCCGGCGACUUUCCACGAAGUUUUCCAACAAGAAAUCCCACGUCUCUACGAAAUGAUCUUCGAACACACGGCACUCCUGCACAUUCCCCAGUUUUUCCUUGCGAGUGAAGCCACCUCCCCCAGCUUCUGCGGCAUGCUUCUCAAAUUUCUGAUGGAACGGAUUGAUGACGUUGGCUCGGCCGACGUCAAGAAGUCCAGUAUCUUACUCCGCCUAUUCAAGCUGGCCUUUAUGGCCGUCACGCUUUUUGCGGAGCAAAACGAGCGGGUAUUGUUACCUCAUGUUGUCGACAUUGUGACAAAGUCCAUCGAAUUGUCUACCAAGGCUGAAGAGCCACUGAACUACUUUCUACUUCUCCGAUCAUUGUUCAGGAGCAUUGGAGGUGGAAAAUUCGAGCAUCUCUAUAAGCAAAUCCUCCCCCUGCUAGAGAUGCUACUCGACGUGCUCAAUACUCUACUGAUGGCUGCCCGCAAGCCCACGGAACGCGACCUCUACGUGGAAUUGUGUUUAACGGUGCCUGCUCGCUUAAGCAACCUCCUCCCUCAUCUGAGUUUCCUGAUGAGACCUCUGGUCGUUGCAUUGAGAGCAGGGACCGAUCUUGUUGGACAGGGUCUUAGAACGCUGGAGCUUUGUGUAGAUAAUCUCACGGCUGACUAUCUCGAUCCUAUUAUGGCACCUGUCAUCGAGGAACUCAUGAAUGCCCUCUUUGAGCAUUUGAAACCUCAUCCCUAUAGUCACUUCCAUGCCCACACAACAAUGCGCAUUCUUGGAAAGCUGGGCGGCAGGAACCGCAAGUUCAUGACAGACACCAUGCCGGUAUCUUUUCAGCGGUAUGCUGAUGAUCCUGCCAGUUUCGACAUGCGCCUGAUCGGCUCGAAGAAGGAUCGUGCAUUCCGAUCCGAUUUGGGCAUCGAUUGCGCAAUUCGCAAACUGAUGGAAGUACCGAAGCCUACCAAGACAGCGGCCAAUAAGCAACAGGAGGAAUAUUACAAGAAGCAGGCACUUCAUCUGAUCAAGUCUCAAAUCAAGUUACGUAUCGGGUACGAUAACUUGCCCGAAGACCUCCCAAGACUUGUCCGGCUCCAAGCUCAGGAUCUCGUGGCGAGGAAAUGCGAACAUGACUUUACUGCUUUCAACAUAUCAGAGCGUGAGAGGUCAGUCAUCAAGAAGGAUGAGGAAGACAAGACUAUGAAGAGACUUCUCAAGGCAAUCAUCUUUGCAGAAUCCAUCCCCUCAUUCCAAGACGAGGCGGAUUUAUUCUUGAUGAACAUUUGCCGGCAUUUCACCAUUAUCGAGGUCGGUCGUGGACUCAUCGAUUGGAAGCGUGCUACUAGCCCGUUCGAAGUCACCAACGGCGAGGGCCCCCUGUUCAUCGAGACGCGUACCCUCUGUGACGCAAUCCUGGAGUCUUUAGCUUCCGAUCUCCCUGAAGUUCGAGACGCUGGAUUCCGUGCGAUCCGUGCGAUUUACGACUCAGCAAUCACCAUUCUUGGUUCCGAUACACAUGUGGCGCGACUUCCAAUCUUCCAGCAUCUUUGCCAGGUGUUCUGUCACGGUUGCUAUGAAGAAGAAUGGUUCACAAAGACUGGUGGCAGCCUUGGUAUCAAGUACAUGUUGACCGAGUUCGAUCUAGGCGACGCCUGGGUGAACCAACGGCAGAUGGAGCUCAUUCGCGCCCUGAUGUAUGUUAUCAAAGACAUGCCUCAAGACCUUCCCGAAAACACCAGGUGCUCUGCCCAAAACACACUCGAGUUGUUACUGCGUCGAUUGACAAAGAAUAUCACGAGGGAUGACUGCAAGCCAAUACUCCAACAGCCGGGUCAGCAACAACCGAAACCGCAACACCGGAUGGCGCAGAUCUGUGCUCUCUUCAACGAUGAACUUGCCCAUAUGAACAGGCAUGUUCGUGAAACAGCCCGUCGAUCUCUGGAAAUCAUUGCCAAGGCAACCAACUCUGAGCUUUGGGAGAUUGUUUUGCCGUACAAAGAUCGCCUUUUGGGUUCCAUCUACCCCAAACCUUUGAGGGCCUUGCCUUUUUCCACGCAGAUUGGAUACAUUGACGCUGUCGCCUAUUACAUGGGCCUCAAGAGUGACUUUGUUGCAUUUGACGAUACGCUCAACCGUCUCUUGAUGGAGUCUCUUGCGCUUGCAGACGCUCAGGACGAUUCUCUCGCAGGAAAGCCAGCUGAGUUCCGCACUCAUGAAUCGAUUGUCAACCUUCGCGUGGCUUGCAUAAAGAUCUUGAGCAAGGCAAUGAGCUUUGAUGAGUUCUCCAAGGGCCAAAACAAUCCUACCAGGACGAAAAUUGUGUCAGUCUUUUUCAAAUGUCUGUACUCAGAGUCCAAACCGACGAUAGAAGCGGCGAAUGAGUCUCUGAGGGCUGUAUUGUCCCAUACCAACAAAUUACCUAAAGAUCUUCUUCAGCAGGGCCUUAGGCCGGUCCUUGCUAAUCUUCAGGACCCCAAGCGCUUGACCACACAUGGACUUGAGAAUUUGGCCCGUCUCCUACGUCUUCUGACGACUUACUUCAAGGUGGAGAUAGGUGCCCGCCUCCUGGACCAUAUUAAAGUCUUGGCCGACUCGAAUCUUCUUCAACAGAUAUCCUUUACCUUUUUCGAGCAGAACAAUGCAAUGAAGGUGAUUGCAGCAGUGUUCAACAUUUUCCACCUUCUGCCACCUGCAGCCGAACAGUUCAAGGAGCGUCUCAUUGACACUGUCCUCGAGCUCGAGGACAAGCUUCGUAGAACGCAGUAUAGUCCUUUCCGCCCGCCCUUGUACAAGUACCUCAAUCGAUAUCCCCAAGAAGUAUUCAACAGCCUCGUCAGCAAGAUUGAGGAUCCCAAGUACGGUCGUUUUCUGGCACAGGUUCUCGUCCACCCGGACAGUCAGCCACUUCGUGAUUAUGCUGCAACGAAUGUCGAGGGCCUUAUCAACUCCUGCAACGCUGUCAUCAACGCAAACAAGGACACGAAGCACAUUGCCAUGGUGUACACAGUCAAUAUCCUAGACUCUUUGAGCCAGGCCUCGAGCAAUUUGACCUGGUUGGAACGCAAGGAUACCAUGAUUUGGUUGAACAAGGUUGCCGUGGAACUUGAACGACAGCUCCGCACCAAUCAAUUGCCACCCAGUCUCAGACUACCCGCAGACCAAGCUGCGGACCAGUUAAUGGGCAUGUUUACCAAGGCCUUGUCAUUGGACCCUAACAAUCUGGACUCAUUGUUUAGUCUGAUUGACUCUGUCACGGCUGAAGAGUUUCGCGCGACACCAUCGUUAUUCUCGUACAUCUACAAGCAUGUCAUCUGCAACCAAUCCAUUGACUACUGGAAGUCGGUGAUCCUGCGCUGUCUCGACGUCUAUGCCAGUAAGCAGGCCAGUCAGAAAACCAAGUGCUUCUUGCUUCGCAACAUCGUCAACCCAAUUGUUGCCAUGGACAUCAUGAGAAACGGGUAUCAAACUGAGACGCUCAAGCCACAAAGGCUAAUGGACCGAAGUGUUAUUGAAUCAAUCAGCGCCAAGGUUUGGAAAGUCAAUCUCAGCGAUCCUCAAGAAGAUCUCGCUCAACCUGGCAUCGACCACACGCGCAUGGAGCUGCUUCAGCUGUCAGCAAUGCUUGUCAAGUACCACCACGCCAUACUCCAAGACGCACGCAAGGAUAUCAUUAAGUUUGGCUGGACUUACAUUCGUCUUGACGAUGUCAUCAACAAGCAUGCGGCCUACGUCGUCAUAGGCUAUUUUAUUGCGCACUACGAUACGCCUGCCAAGAUAGUGACACAAGUAUACUACUCUCUGCUGAGAACCAACCAGAAUGAAGGGCGCGCUCUUGUCACUCAAGCGUUGGAACUCAUGGCGCCAGUUCUCCCCAAACGCUGCAAUACACUGCCUAACGAUCGUAAUGCUGUCUGGGCGAUUGCUCCGCGCCGCAUACUGGCUGAAGAAGGCCAAAAUGUACAGCAGAUGACGAGCAUCUUCCACUUCCUUGUCAGACAUCCAACCCUUUUCUACGAGUCACGCGAUAAGUUCACACUACUCAUCAUACAGUCAUUGAGGAAAAUAUCGGCUCCUCAGAAUGCUUCCAAUGAGAGUAAGAAGUUGGUGCUGAACAUGAUGUGGCUCAUCUGGGAAUGGGAGCAAAGACGUGUGGAGGGGAAACAGGGCAGUCCCAUAAGAGCCCUGUCCGAGUCUCCCGCCUCAAGAAAGCGACGACUCGAUAGCGAUCAGCCAACCUCCUCACCGCCUACUGCCAGGACAGUGCCUCCUCCAGCGAAGGAAUUUCAAAUCCCUGAUGCAUUCCGACUUAAGAUGCUCAAGUAUCUGGUAGAGUUCAUCGCGCAGCUCAAUGAGCGAUAUACGCUACCGUCAGCGAAGCCUAGAGAUGCUGCCACAGCAGCCGGCCCGGCCCUACCCCCCCUGUCUACCGAGCUUUGCAAGAAGGCCAUGUCUCUUCUCUAUAACCUUCUUCAGCCUCAGUACUGGGCAGAUCUGGACGUUGACUUGUUUCCCAACGUCACGGAGGUGGUCUUGGCCAGCGAAAGGACACAGAAGAUCUUGAACGCGGAUCCCAGCGACAAGGACAACUACGACGAAAAGUUCAUUACGAAUAUUGUCAACACGUUGCAAGUUGUCCGAAUCAUUCUGAACUCCAAGAAGGACGAAUGGAUUGUCAAGAACAUGCCCUCCAUACAGAAAGUGCUGGAGAAGUGUCUGAAAUCUGAGAACCCUGAGUUGCAUGAUUGUUUGCAUUUUGCCGACAAGGAAUACGACGACGAGCGAGACAUGAAGUCCAUAGUCCAAAGAGUCCUCGAGUCUGUCCCUGAAGAUGUCCCCAUGGAAGAUGCAGAUGCCGACGGCGAGCCUGAAGGACAGACAUCGGAAGUCAUCACAUUCUUGUCAGGCAUUGCCACAGAAACACUCAACGCCUCGAAUUAUGUUUCUGGAGUGAAUAUCCUGUGGUCACUAGGUCAGCGCAAGCCGACGGUCAUCGAUCCUCAUAUUCCUGCGUUGAUGAAGGCUCUGCAGUCAAAACUGGCCAGAGAACAUGUCCAACAUUAUACCAACGUUCAAGCUCAUCAGAUGAACGUACAUCUCCGACCCGCAGACCAGGGGCCGCGCGAGGGAGAGAUGUCCAUGUACGACCUAGAAAUUCAGACUGCGCUGAUGAUCAAGGCGAUCGAGGUAACAGCCAUGCGAAUGGAAGUUCUUGGCGACAACCGCCGACCAUUCCUCAGUGUGCUUGCAACACUCGUCGAAAAGUCUCUGCAUAUACCAUUGUGCACCAAGAUCCUCGAAAUGGUUGAAGAUUGGGUCUUCCGCUCCGAGGGCACCUGGCCCACUCUCAAGGAGAAGACUGCCGUUCUGCACAAGAUGUUGUCAUUCGAGCACCGGAGUGACUCCACGAUGUUGACAAAGUUCUUGGAGCUCGUUAUCCGCAUCUAUGAGGACCCAAAGAUCACUCGCACGGAGCUGACUGUCCGCAUGGAACAUGCCUUCUUGAUUGGUACAAGGGCUCAAGAUGUAGACAUGCGAAAUAGAUUCAUGUCAAUCUUUGACAAGAGUCUAUCAAAGACUGCGACAGCCAGGCUCGCCUAUGUCAUCACGUCACAAAAUUGGGACACUCUGGCCGACUCCUUCUGGCUAGCUCAAGCCUCCCAGCUUCUGAUUGGCGCGGUCGAGGUGAAUGCCAACAUUCAGCUGCAUCAAGCAGACUUUCGGACGUUGCCUGCCUCUACAGUCUUUGGUGUCUACUCCAAAGACACGAGAGAACCUACAGCCAUGGCCGACGACAAGUACGACACAUUCAUGUCCAAUCACCGCCGAUUUGUGGCUGAGCUGGGAGAUGUCAAGGUCCGUGAUAUCAUUGAACCCAUCAUUCAACUUCAGCACAAUGAUACCGCACUGGCUCACGAACUGUGGAUCACGCUGUUCCCCAUGUUCUGGUCAGCAACAAUGAAGGAAGAGAAGACAGAUUUGGAGAAGGGCUUGGUGGCUCUCUUAACCAAGGACUUCCACUCUCGUCAAAUCGAUAAGCGACCAAACGUGGUUCAAUCUCUACUUGCAGGAGCGGCGAAAUCAUGGCCAGAGUGCAAAAUACCGCCACACGUGCUCAAGUUCGAGGCCAGGACGUACGAUGCCUGGUACACUGCCCUUGUUCAACUAGAGAAGGCAGCCAUCAAGCCCGAUGGAGAUUCAUCCACAAUUCGUGAGAGCAACUUGGAUGCGUUGUGCGAACUGUACUCGAACCUCAAGGAAGAUGACAUGUUCUACGGGACUUGGCGCCGCCGUUGCCAAUUUGUCGAGACUAAUGCUGCUCUGUCGUACGAGCAGAAUGGUAUGUGGGACAAGGCCCAGAAAAUGUAUGAAGCUGCGCAGAUAAAAGCUCGCACCGGUGUCAUUCCGUUUUCACAGGGCGAGUACAUUCUAUGGGAAGACCACUGGGUUCUCUGCGCGGAGAAGUUGCAACAGUGGGACAUCUUGCAGGACUUUUCUAAGCACGAGAACAUGCAAGAUCUCCUCCUCGAAUGUGCGUGGCGCAACAUUGAGAUGUGGCAGAACCAAGACCACCGUGAGAGUUUGGAUCAUCUCAUCAAGGGUGUCAUGGAUGCACCCACCGCCCGCCGCGCUUUCUUCCAAGGCUUCAUGGCUCUUCUCAAGCUGCACAACAACAGAACCCCCGAGACGCAACAGGAGUUUAGUAAGGUCUGCGAUGAGGCCUUGCAGCUUUCUAUCAGAAAGUGGCACCAACUCCCAGGAAGACUCACCGCUGCACACAUCCCCAUGCUGCAUAAUUUCCAGCAACUUGUGGAGCUUCAUGAUGCAAGCAUUAUAUGCUCAAGCUUGUCCGGCACUACGCAAGCCAAUUUGGAUGUCAAGUCAGGUGAGCUAAAACUGCUUCUUGGGGCUUGGCGAGACAGACUUCCCAAUGUUUGGGACGACAUCAUCGACUGGCAAGAUCUCGUCACUUGGCGGCAACAUAUCUUUGGCCUGAUCAACAGCACGUAUCUUCAGCUGCUGCCACAACAGGGCCAGAAUGCCAACGGCGCCUCAUUUGCAUAUCGCGGCUACCAUGAAACUGCUUGGAUCAUCAACAGAUUCGCUCAUGUAGCUCGGAAGCACAACCUGCCGGAUGUUUGCAUUGCACAGCUCAGUAGAAUUUACACCCUACCAAACAUUGAGAUUCAAGAAGCCUUCUUGAAGCUACGAGAACAAGCCAAAUGUCACUACGAGAACCCAGAAGAGCUGUCGAGUGGGCUGGACGUAAUCAACAAUACGAAUUUGAAUUACUUCAAUGCCCAGCAAAAGGCCGAGUUCUACACCCUCAAAGGCAUGUUCCUCGAGAAAUUGAAGCAGAAGGAUGAAGCCGACGCAGCCUACGGAACAGCCUUGUACUACGAUAUUGGCAAGGCCAAGGCAUGGGCAGAGUGGGGAUACUUCAAUGAUCGCAAGUUCAAGGACGACCCUACAGAUCUGAACUCGGCCAAACAAGCUCUUACCUCUUACCUCCAAGCUAUUGGUAGCUACAAAGACGGCAAGUCUCGGAAACUGAUUGCCAGAGUCCUCUGGCUUCUCAGUCUAGAUGAUGCCAACGGCACAAUCGCGUCUGGCUUUGAAGACUACAAGGGCGAAACUCCAGUGUGGUUCUGGAUAACGUUCAUCCCACAGCUUUUGACCGGCCUCGGCCACAAGGAAGCCCCCAGAGUACAUGCGAUUCUUCUCAAGAUUGCCAAAUCAUAUCCCCAGUCAUUGUUCUUCCAGGCCCGUACUAACAGGGAAGACAUGCUGGCCAUCAAGAAGAACCAGGAAGCAAAGGAAAGACAGCGCCAGCGUGCUCAGUCAGCCGCUACGACCAAGCCUGCCGGCUCGCCAUCACAGGCCAAACAGGACAACCAGCAAACCAAGACGGAAUCGUCGUCUCGGCCCCAAACUGCAAAUGGUGAAGGUAACGGCCAGGUGAAGUCCGAGGGUGGAGAUGACAAGGCUGCCGCUACACCAGCUGCCAAUGCCAAUGCCACACCCGCACCCGCUGGUGAACAGAAGUCAGAUUCAGGUACUUCUCAAAAGAGGCCACCUUGGGAGCUUACCGAUGAGAUCAUGUCGACGCUCAAGACUGCUUUCCCCCUACUCGCCUUGUCCAUGGAGAAGAUGGUCGACCAGAUCCAGAAGUACUUCAAAUGCCCACCCGACGAGGAUGCGUACAGACUCAUUGUGGCUCUGCUCAAUGACGGACUAGCCUACGUCUCACGCAUGCCCGCUUCAUACGCCAAAGACGUAAAGUUGCCCGGAGGCACCGAGACCAACAUCACUCGCUUCGCCGAGACCAUCCUCCCGGCGCAUAUCAAGAAGUCAUUUGAGGCAGAUUUCGUCCAGGUCAAGCCUACCAUGUUCGAGUACAUUCACAAGCUACGUAAAUGGCGUGACAAAUUCGAGGAGAAACUCGACCGCAGGAAUCCGAAGGAGCCGCUCGAGAAGUUCUCACGUGACCUCAGCGAGUUCCGCUACCAGAAAUUUGACGAUGUCGAAGUGCCUGGCCAAUACUUGCAGCACAAGGACAAGAACCAAGACUUCAUUCGCAUCGAGCGAUUCCUGCCCAAUGUUGACUUGGUCCGGACCAUUGGUGUCUCUCACCGACGCAUCAAGAUCCGUGGUCACGACGGCAGCAUCCACUGUUUUGCUAUUCAGCAUCCUGCAGCCCGGCAUUGUCGACGAGAAGAAAGGAUCCUCCAGCUCUUCCGUCACCUCAACCAGACAUUGGCUAAGCGCAAGGAAUCGAGACGCCGUGAUUUGCAAUUUACUCUACCCCUGAUGGUCCCUCUUGCACCUCACAUAAGAAUUGUGCAAGAGGAUACCUCCAACAUCACACUUCAAGGCAUCUAUGAAGACCACUGCCGCCGCAACAACAUGCAAAAAGAUGAGCCUGUUUUGUUCACAAUGGACAAGCUGCGUAGCUUGAUCGAGCCUAAAGGCGGCAAACAACUUGACCAGACGGUCACUGCCCGUAUGGAAGUCUUCACUGCUAUUCAAGAGAAAUGGGUGCCGCACGACGUGGCCUUGGAUUACUUCCAAUCGACGUAUCAAGAGUUCUCAGAGUUCUGGCUAUUCCGUCGCCGUUUCUCAUACCAGCUAUCGACUCUUACCUUCAUGACGUACAUCUUGUACAUGACUGGCCGUUAUCCUCACAAAUUCAAUAUUGCGCGUGGAUCGGGCAAGAUUUGGGGAUCUGAGCUGAUGAGUUUCAUGGCUCCCGCGAAGCCGUUUUUCCACAAUCCCGAGCCGGUCCCAUUCCGUUUGACACCCAACCUCCAGACGCUCAUGGGACCUCUAGCCACUGAGGGCAUUUUCAGUUGCGCCAUCAUGGCCAUUGCCCGCUGCCUCACGGAGCCCGAGUUCCAACUGGAACAUGCUCUCACUCUCUUCGUCCGCGACGAGAUGAUCUUCUGGUUCACGUCUAGUCAUCGUGCGAUGCACCUGAAUGAGAAUCAACUGCGCGAUACGGUCCAGACCAAUUGCGACAUGAUCGUCAAGCGGGCAGUUAGUCUGGCUGCCAGCCCUGUUGGCAACCUCCCUGCCAACCAAACGGUUAUUGAUCUCAUCAGCAAAGCGGUGAAUCCGAUGAACUUGGCGCAGUGUGACGCCCUCUGGAUGCCAUAUCUGUAA